AUGGCCGAACCAGCUCUGUUCCACAUUUAUGCGAGUAUCAUUAGGAGUUUGGGAUCUCUUGCUCUUCAAGAGAUUGGACUUCUAUGGAGUUUCAAAGAUGAGCUUCAAAAGCUCAGAGACACCGUUUCCACUAUCCAAGCUGUGCUUUUGGAUGCAGAGGAGAAGCAGGCCCAGAACCUUGCGAUCAAAGAUUGGCUUCAAAAGCUGAAGGAUGCCAUGUACGACGCCGACGACUUGUUGGAUGACUUCUCCACUCAACUUCUACGAAGACAAGUGAUGACACGGGACAAGAAGAUGGCAAAAGAGGUAUGCAUCUUCUUUUCCAAAUCGAACCAGCUUGUAUAUGGCCUUAAAAUAGGUCAUAGGAUCAAGGCAGUUAGGGCGAGACUGGAUGAAAUUGCAGAUGAUAAGAUCAAAUUUGGCUUUAUUGAACGCCUUAUAGUGACACAUGAGUUUGAGCAUAGGAAAAGAGAAGACACACACUCUUUUGUUCUUGAGGAACAAGUCAUUGGGCGAGAUGAUGAAAAGAAGGCAAUUAAAGAGUUGUUAUUGGAUUCCAAUGUAGAAGAGAAUGUUUCUGUCAUUCCCAUAGUUGGGAUUGGUGGACUAGGUAAGACCACACUUGCUCAAUAUGUGUUCAAUGACGAGGAAGUCAAAAGACAUUUUGAGCUAAGACUCUGGGUGUGCGUCUCUGAUCCAUUUGAUGUGAAAACUAUUGUUACAAAGCUCAUAGAAUCUGCAACUAAAAAGAGACCUGAAAGUCUCGAGAUGGAUUUGUUACAAAGUCAGCUUCGAGCAGAAAUUGAUGGGAAGCUAUAUUUACUUGUUUUAGAUGAUGUAUGGAGCGAGAAUCGCGGUACAUGGUUGAACUUGGAAACACUUUUAUCGGGUGGCCUGAAGGGAAGCAAAGUUUUGAUUACUACACGUAGCAAAAGAGUUGUAGAGAUUACAGGCGCAAUGUCGCCAUUUCUCUUGGGAGGUCUAUCUGAAAGCAAUUCUUGGAAUUUAUUUAAGAAAAUGGCAUUUAAAGACGGGGAAGAGCCAAAGAAUCCAAAGCUAGUAGAAAUAGGAAGGGAUAUCGUACAAAAGUGUGCACAAGUUCCUCUUGCUAUAAGGAGCAUUGGGAGUCUAUUAUACUUCAAAAAUUCUGAAGCUGAUUGGUUCUACUUUAAAAACCAUGAACUUUACAAAAUAACUCAACAAGAACAUGAUAUUUUUCCAAUACUUAAGUUGAGUUAUGAUCAUCUCCCCUCACACUUGAAGCAAUGUUUUGCUUUUUGUUCGUUGUUUCCAAAAGAUUAUGAAAUUGAAGUGGAGGUGUUGAUUCAUCUAUGA